UAAAUAUUCCUUUCCAUGCAAAAAUGAUGCCAUAUAUUGAUUCCCUCCAUUCUCAACAUUUAAUCUCUCUAUACAUUCAUCUCUCUUUCUUCCCAUCUUUUUUCCAGAAAUGGCUCAACAGAUGGAGAAACCUAGAGUCACAGAGAUACAGGUGAGAAUGGACUGCAAUGGUUGUGUUCAAAAGAUCAAGAAGGCUCUACAUAGCGUCCAUGGUAUUCAUGAUCUUUAUAUAGAUUUUCCUCAGCAAAAGAUUACUAUAGUAGGAUCGGCAGAUCCUGAGAAAAUAGUGAAGGCGAUUAAGAAGACAAGAAAGAGUGCCAUUGUUUGUUCCCAUAUAGAACAAGCAGACCCUCCAACAGAGCCAGAGGAAGCUGAACCAGCUGAGAGUGAAGCACCCACCCCUGACUCCACCAAUCCUCCAUCAGAAGCUCCACCAGCUGAAGAGCCACCCCACGAACCGCCAAAAGAUCCACCAACACAAGAAAAUCAACCAGCAGAGGAGAAACAAACACACGAGGGUGCUGACAACGCCAAAACCCAAUCAGGUCAACCCUCUAAACCAAGAGAUGUUGAAGAGGUUCAUGUAAUUUACCACUAUCCACCAGACUAUGGUUACAGGUACAACUAUAGCCAGGGAAUGAGUAGUCAUGAGCCACCUAGGGACCAUGGAUACCGAUACAACUAUGGUCAGAACGUGAUCCAUGAGCCACCCCAGGACCAUCGUUACCGCAGAUACAACUAUGGUCAGAGUAUGAGCCAAGAGGCACUCAGGGACCAUGGCUACAACAGAUACAACUAUGGUCAGAGCAUGAGCUAUGAGCCUCCUAGGGACAAUAGUUGCAGAUAUCACUAUGGCCAGAGCAUGAGCCAUGAGCCUCCCCAACGAGACUCCAGUUUCAGAAAUAAUCAAGCUCGUCCUGCAGGUCCAGAAUUCAGACAUGAGAUGCCACCACCAGGUCAAUUACAAGGAGACUCUGGUUUCAGAAUUAAUCACGUUCGUCCUAUCGGUCCAGAAUUCAGACCUGAGAUGCCACCACCAGGUCAACCACAAGGAGACUCUGGUUUCAGAAAUAAUCACACUCGUCCUAUCGGUCCAGAAUUCAGACCUGAGGUGCCACCACCGGUUUAUGCGACUCACAGCUACAAUAGCUAUCAGCCAUCACCCUAUGUGACUGGAUACGAAUACAUCAGGUCACCACCAAGAUACACACAAUAUACAAGGCCAGAGCAUUACUCUGAGGACUAUCACUAUGGAAACAACAGCAAUGGAACAAUCAGCUCAGUAUUCAGUGAUGAAAAUCCAAAUGCAUGCACAAUAGCAUAGGAAGGGUGAGCAAAAUGGGUUCCAAGGGAAGCAAGUAAUUUUUUUGUUUCACCUGUACGAAAGAAAGAUGCCUAACUAAUUCCAGAUGAUUCGUAAAGUAACCCUCAAUAAACAAAAAUAAAGUAAACAUGUGUAAAUGUUGAGAGAAAUGAGAUUCUUGACUUCUAAAGCAAAAGGGAAUAUAUCCUCCACUCCAACUCUACAAGGCUAAUUCAGACCACCUUGCAUUCAUUUCCUGAAGAAGAAUACUAAUAAAUCUACUUUAUUCUUGGAAUUUAUUCCUCAGCUUUACCGUUAAAAUUUUAGCCAUCCUUUAUGCUUGAAAGUUAACCAUCAUUUUUCUUCCAAAGUACAGAAAGUUGAAAUUUAUUGACUAUGAAAUGGAGAAAUAAAGGAAUUUGGUA